AUGGUUGAAAUCAUGGCACGUUAUGUGUGCUUUUGUGGAUUGCCUUUUCCGUUUAAAACAGAAACUUCUGAUUUCUUGUGUUUGGUUGGUUGCGUGGUGUGUUCUCUUGCUUCCCCCGAAGUUGGGCUUUUCUGUAAGACCCGAGUUGAUCUCCCUGUAUCUGUCAGCCAAGUUGCUGCAGCCCAAGCAAUAGCAGAAGAAAGAAGAAGCCAAAGUGGCAUUAGCCCUAUUGCAGUCCAGACCUCAAUAAAUAUAAAGACAGCAACUAAACCAGUGAUAGAUGGUUCCACGCUAAGAACAGAAGAAAGACAAAGACUGGCCAGGGAGCGUAGAGAAGAGCGGGAAAAGCAACAUGCUGCCAAAGAGACACAAAUCCUUGAAAAGGAGAGAAAAGCAAAGCUCCAGUAUGAAAAACAGUUAGAAGAAAGGCAGAGAAAGCUAAAAGAACAGAAGCAGAAAGAGGAACAACGGAGGGCAGCAGUAGAAGAAAAAAGAAAACAAAAAAUAGAGGAGGAAAAGGAGCGAUAUGAAGCAGUUAUGCAUCGUACCUUGGAACGGAAUCAGCGACUGGAAACACGACAGAAGAGAUGGUCUUGGGGAGGAUCUGUAACUCCAGAUUCAGAGAGCAAAACAGAACAACAGACCGCAGAUGAAGGUGGAACUGGUGCCAGCAAGCGGUCCACCUCCACAGCAAACCUCAAACAGACAGAAGCUGUCAUGAAUAAACGGUUGUCAUCAUCUGCAGCGCUUUUAAAUGCUUCUGAUCGAAGUACCACAAAGAGAAGUGCCUCAUUAAACAGGCUGAAUAACAAAGUUCCUCUACAUUCUCAGCAGUCAGCACUCAAAGGUUCGCAGGUGGAACAGAAAGGAGGAACAGAAAAGAAGAGGAGCACAUCUUUGAAUAGAAUGAGUAGUAAAGCCCAAUCCUCUCCAGAACUAGAAAAAGUGAAAAAGGAAGAAAAAACAGCUCGUCGCUCCCAGCUCAGUCCUCUGGACAGUAGCGUAAUCAGUCGCCUCCUCGCCCCCACACAGGCCUCCUUAGCUAGGAGUAAAAGUGCUGCUACAUUAUCGGCUGAUGGACAAGAUCCCUCAGAAUCUCACCUCUGUCCUCGUUCAGCUUCAGCCAGUUCCAUCAAUUCCCCAGUCCCAACUCCUAAAGUGCCCGUGCGCAGUCGUAGCAUCGACAGAUUGAAGUCCUCUGUAUCUUCAUCUGAUGCAAGUUCACCAGAUUCAACCCAGAAAUCAGAGACAGAAAAACCGUCCCCAGGGUCUGGUUUAAGACGCCCUCCCUCGCCCUCUGUGUCUGCCCGUAGAAGAUCCCCCUCUCCUGCUAAUUUGGUGAAGCGUCCUCCGUCACCUUCUACAGUUAGACAAAAGACUCGCCCACCUUCACCUAGCGUGUCAAAACAAAGGCCACCAUCUCCUACUCCAGUCUCUAAACCGGCACCCAUCCAACGUCCACCUCUCACACCAGGUGUUAUAAACAUUACCAAAAAGAAAACUGAAGCAGAGAGCAAACCAAAGGAUAAGAGCACAGAAGGAACAGGACAAGAGCAAGGUGCUUCACCAGCCUUGGACAGGGAUGUGGUAGCAGCUAGCACAAAGACCAAAGAAGAAUCAGGUAGCAAAACAGUAGCAGGGACCACCACAGCUGAAGAAGCUGCUAAAAUCUUGGCAGAGAAACGACGUCUAGCACGGGAGCAAAGAGAGCGUGAAGACCAAGAAAGAAUUCAGAGACAGGAAGAGGAAAGGAUCAGAGAAGAAGAAAUGGCCAAGAGAGCAACUGAGGAAAAAGCACGACAGGAGGAGGAACUCCGCAAGCAGGAGGAAGAAAAGAGACUGGCUUAUGAAGAACAACAAAGACAAGCUGAAGAGGAGAGGAUCCGCCGAGAACAGGAAGAGCAGGAAAAACUUGCAGAGCUUCAACACCAGAGAGAAGAAGCUGAAGCAAAAGCUCAAGAAGAGGCUGAAAGACAGCGGCUGGAAAGAGAGAGAAUUAUGCAGCAAAAUAUGCAGGAAAGGCUUGAAAGAAAAAAGAGAAUUGAAGAAAUAAUGAGAAGAACACGAAAAUCAGAUCAAAACGAAUCCAAGUUGCAGAAUGAAGGGAAGUCUGCCUCUGAGGCUAUGGAGGGAGAGGAUAUUGAAGAGGAGGAAGAGUUGGGUCUUGAGAAGACUGAUCAACCAGGAAAGCUAAAUGGCGUUGACUUAGCCCAGGAAGUCAAGGGGGAGGCAGAGAGUUGUUUAGAGACUGCGCAUAGCUUGAUCUCUGCAGAAUCUGAGGAACAAGAUGUGUCAGAGUUGAAGGCCAGUGAAGUGUUUAUGAAUGGAGGCGAUUUGAAGAGUGAUGAGGGGUCUCUACUUGUUACUGAAUUAAAGGAUUCCAGCCAUCCUGCAAAAGAAAUGGUUAUUGAUGACUCAGUGAAGUUGGGCGUUAACGAAGCUGAUCAUACAAUUGGACUUAUUCAGAAUCUUAAUGGAAAAUCUGGUUCGUGGACUUUUGAGGAGUUCAUUGACGUUGGAUUACAUUCCAAGUCAACCAAACUGAGCUCGGACAGCAUCUCUGCUGGUAACUGUAAUCAAAACUUGAAUGAUGCUGCUACAAUACCUUCUAGUCCCAAAUUGGCUUUUGAGGAAGACGGUGCAGUGAAUUCAUUGACCAAACCUAUAGAUGCUUCAUCAGGUAAUCCAAGCUGAUUUCCCUAUCUGUCUCUUCCUCUGGCUAGGUAAUUAACUUCCUUGCAUUUUACUCUCCUUGCCUUAACUUCAGCUUCUUAUUUUCAAGGCACUUUUUCCAAUGUGUAGGCCGGAGGGAAAGCUCUUUCUUUAGUGCUUGUAACUUGCGUUCUGUCAAAAGGAGUCACCAGCUGAUGCCUUUUUAGGGACUUGCUCUAGACAGCAGCUAAGGCCCGACGCUAAGGCUCUUCCAAAGACACAGCUGAGCCCCUGCAAAGCUCCUGUAUCUCCUACCAGCACUCAAGCCCAUCUGUUGUGCUUUUAGGCUUCUUCUAAGAUGUCUUAGAUGGCACGUGUUACUUUUGAAGAUACUAACAGUUUAAAAGGUGUCUGAUGUAACUCUACAGACAAGACCUUUCCACUCCUAGGCAUGUUCUGUAACUCUUUGAUGCUGGCCUGCAUGGUCUUACAAGGUCUCUUGAGGCUCUGGCAAGGUAUUAGCUGUCCUCUCUACUUACUGUAGAAUAGCCUUUCACUUCACUGAGGGGGGUAACACCAACCUGAAAUUCCACAGACGGUUGUGUUACAUUCUGGGAGGAGUAAUGAAACUGCACACACAAUAUUCUGAAUUUUCUGAAGGAAGCAGGGCUGCAUCUGAAGCCACAUGUACUUGAGAAGCCAAACCCCGAUGCAGUACAGCAUAGCAUGUCAGAGGGGCUUCAGUAAGCUGGUUUAUGUAAGACUAAACUUCUCUGGUGUUGGAGCUAAACCCCAAAUGGACGUACUCACAGCAGGAGAUCUCUUUCCGUGAGAUAAAUGACUGUGUGAACAGUUGAAAUGAAUGGUAGUGGAAAAAACAAGACUUGCUAUCCACAUUUUCUUUAAGUGAUGUGUAGCACUUUUUUUGAUUAAAGUGUAGCACUUUUCUAGACUGAA